AUGGCGUCCCUCCAGACCCUCGCGCUCGUGGCCAUCGCCAUUAUUAGCACGUACCUUCUCUACUUGCGAUUCACCACAGGUUCUUCUACCCUGCCUCUACCGCCUGGCCCAAAACCACUACCGAUCCUGGGCAACAUCGCCGACUUCCCUCCCGCAGGCGUGCCCGAAUUUGAGCAUUGGUUCAAACACAAAGAUAUUUAUGGCGGUAUCUCUUCGGUUACUGUCAUGGGCAUGACGCUGGUCAUCAUCCACGACAAGAAGAUGGCGCACGAUCUGCUCGAACAGCACGCCUCGAAGACUUCAGGGCGGCCUAAGAUGGUCAUGGCGAACAAGCUAUGCGGUUAUGAGUCUAUUGUGCUCUGCCAGGAUUAUAAUCAAACCUUCAAGCGCUGUCGGAAGCUCCUCCACCGCGAGUUAGGAACAAAGGUUUCUGCGGCCCAGUUCCUAGACAUCCAGGAGAGGGAAGUCAAGAGACAGCUCGUGCGCGCACUCGAUAAGCCCGACAGAUGGCUUGACCACUUCAAGACCACUGCUGGCGCGACGGUGCUCAAGAUGGCCUACGGCUACACGGUUGAGCCUCAUAAGCCGGAUUUCCUCGUCACCCUCAUCGAUAAGAUGAUGAAUGAAUUCUCGCUUGCUGCUUCGCCUAUGUCUUGGGCGCUUAUUCAGCAAUGCAAAUCGGAGACACGGACCGAUGGCGAGCAACUCGGCCGUGACGACUCUGAGGCUAUCGCCUGGACGGCUGCUAGCUUAUACGGCGCGGCCGCCGACACCACCGUUAUUACCUUGACCAUCUUUACCUUAGCAAUGCUACAGAACCCAGAAGUCCAGCAACAUGCUCAAGCGGAAAUCGAUCGUGUCAUUGGUGACCGGUUGCCGACCUUUGAGGACCGCGACAAUCUCCCCUAUAUUGCCGCUCUGGUUAAGGAAUCGUUACGCUGGUGGCCUAUCUCACCAAUGGGCUUCCCUCAUACUGUUACCGAAGCUUUUGAAUACCACGGCUAUCACAUUCCCAAGGAUGCCAUGCUUCUGCCCGCAGUAAAAUGGUUCCUCCACGAUCCCUCGGUAUACGCUGAUCCUGACAAAUUCGAUCCCGCGCGUUUCCUCAGCCCACGAAACGAGCCCGACCCGGUUGAUACGUUCGGGUACGGCCGCAGAAUCUGCCCGGGCCGUUUCUUCGCCGAUCAGAGCCUCUUCCUGAACAUUGUCAACUCACUCGCCUGCUUCAACAUCCGCCCAUCGGCGGACAGCCCAGUAGAUGUCAAGCCUAAGCCAGGCAUUUUGAGCUAUCCGACAGCGUUCGACUUCAAGAUCGAGGUGAGGAGUGAGAAGCAUAGGGAUUUAAUCUUGGCUGCUGGGAAAGAGGUGCCGUUUGAGCCUAGUGAUGCAGGCCAUCUCGAAAGUGUGGACAACUUCGAGGCGAAGUGA